CGUAGCGAGCAAGCAGCACUAUCGUCCAGUCAGUGUGCCAGUGGUGCUGUCACAUAUUGAUGAUUUUGACAGACUUAACCUCAGUUAUCAUAGCCACAAUUCGAUGCCGAUCGAAUGUCUGAUAUAAACUGGUCCCAUUAAAUCAUCUUACAUCUUACAAACACGCGCGGCUUAUGUAUUUGGGGUUCAACAGAGUGACUACAAGCUGAGUUUGUGAGUCGCCAACAUGGAUGUAGUAUCGCCUGAACUCAACAGCCUACUUCCCGACGAGAUAAUGGACACGGAGGCAAUCGUAAUGGACGAUGACCCUCCCUCCCAGUCAUCUGCAGCCUUGGCCCAAUCAGAGCCCUGCCAGGACGCACCGGUCCCCAUGGAGACCGACGUGCCCAUCGUCCCGGAGAUCGUGAGCCUCUGCACAGAGGCCCCUCCCACGCAACGCACGCAUGUCCUGACCACCUCCACCAGCACAGACUCCGCCCUGUGCGGGGUGAGCUCCGAAACUCAGCUCCUCCUCACCCCCUCCAGCAUGUCGUCGCCCCCCCCCGCCCCGUCUCUCCGACCAAUCACCGCGUCCUCGUCCUCGACCACGCCCAUCCCCAAGAUCACGGGAGGCCCGGUCGGGGUGAGCGUCACCACGUCAGGGCUACAGAAACUCACGGCCCCUUUCACCAUCUCCGCCGCCAACCACCAGAUCAUCCUCAACAAGGUGGCCUCCUCGGACACGGCCAAGGCGGUUGCCACCACCACCACCCAGGUCAUCAAGCAGGACGGACAGAAGCUGUUGGUCACCACCAUCGGGAAAUCCGGGCAGCCCAUCGUCCUGCAGCUGCCUCACACGGGCAACAAGCCCGGAACAGGCCAGGGACCAGGGGACAGCAAGACCCAGCCUCCCCAGUUCAAGGUGGUGACCAUCGGGGGAAGGACUGAGUUGAAGCCGGUCAUGGGCCUGCAGACGGUGAGUUCCUCCGGCCAGGUGUCGACCCUUCAGGCCCAGCAGCUGAAGGCUGUACAGAUCGCCAAGAAAACGCAGGUAUCCUCCGCAGGACCCAUCAAGUUUAUCAUCACGAAAACUGUGAACAGCAAAGGCCUCACCGCUCAGACGUCAGUGUCGCCUGUUUUAGCAGGUCGCGUGUUGUCCCAGAGCAGCCCGGUCACUCCUCCCAGGACCAUCACCAUCUCGGAGCCCCUCAGCACCAGCGCACAGGGCCUCGCUAGCAACAAGAUAGCCAUAUCACCCCUCAAGUCUCCCAGCAAGUUGACGGUGGUGUCUGUAGCCUCCCAGUCACCCAGCUCUCCUCAGAAGUCUGUGACCCUGCCUAUCAGCAUGGCUCUGGGCCAGCAGAUCCUCACCAUGCAGCAGUCUGCUGCCUCGUCCCCAGCCAAGUCCACUGCCCAGAACCUGAAGUCGGUGCAGACGGUGGCGGUGGGAGCUCCCCAGUACAAGACCCUCGUCCCCCUGGCGGCCCAGCCCAGCGUGCAGCAGAUCCAGGUCCCAGGCAGCAGGUUCCACUACGUCCGCCUGGUCACGGCCACCACGGGGAGCAGCAUCAUGCACGCUGCCAACCCCAGCACCGCCUCCGUACAGACUGCCAAGCCCAUGGUGGUCAACGCUGGAGCUGUGAGGAUGUCCGUUCCAAUUGUCCAAACACAGACCAUGAAGCAGGUGAUCCCCAAGCCCCUGACGUCGGCGACCCAGGUGGUGACGACCCCCCAGACCCAGCAGCGCCUCAUCAUGCCCGCCACGCCCCUGCCCCAGAUCCAGCCCAACCUCACCAACCUGCCCCCGGGCACCGUGCUGGCCCCGGCCCCCGGGGGCAGCACCAUGGGCUACGCCGUCCUCCCCGCCCAAUACGUCACGCAGCUCCCUCAGUCGGCGUUUGUGACCCUGGCCAGCAGCGCCACCUUCCCCGCGCCCACGUCCAUCCAGAGCCAAGCCAGGCUGCCUGUUAACGGCUUGUCGACGUCAGACGCGGCCUCGAGGCCCCGCAAACCCUGCAACUGCACCAAGUCGCAGUGUCUCAAACUAUAUUGCGACUGCUUCGCCAACGGGGAGUUCUGCAACAACUGCAACUGUACGAACUGCUUCAACAACCUGGAGCACGAGACGGAGAGACUAAAAGCCAUCAAGACGUGUCUGGACCGUAACCCCGAGGCCUUCAAGCCCAAGAUUGGGAAGGGGAAGCAGGGGGAGUCGGACCGGCGGCACAGCAAAGGCUGCAACUGCAAGCGAUCGGGCUGCCUGAAGAACUACUGCGAGUGUUACGAGGCUAAGAUCAUGUGCUCGUCUAUCUGUAAGUGCGUUGGCUGUAAGAACUUUGAGGAGAGCCCCGAGAGGAAGACCCUGAUGCACCUGGCGGACGCGGCGGAGGUCAGAGUUCAGCAGCAGACCGCGGCCAAGACAAAGCUGUCCUCCCAGAUCUCCGACCUGCUCACGCGGACCGCGCCCACCAUGGCCAGCGGAGGGGGGAGAUUGCCCUACACGUUCGUGACGAAGGAGGUGGCGGAGGCGACGUGCGAGUGCCUGCUGGAGCAGGCGGAGCAGGCGGAGCAGGACCACCACCCCCAGGCCCAGGCCGAGAGGAUGAUCCUGGAGGAGUUCGGACGCUGUCUCAUGAGGGUCAUUAACUCAGCCGGCAAGGGCAAAACGGACUGCCCAUCCAUCCACUGCUAGGCCGGGCCACCUGGCGUGCUCUCGCUCUCUGUCUCUUUCUCUCUUUCACCCACUCUCCCUCAGAGAGCCAGGACUG